AUGAGAAAGGUAAAUCUUGUUAAUAAGGAAUAUGUGGGGAUUGGUGAUGAUGAAUUCACCUGUGGAGCUCAAAAGAAAGCGCAGACUCCACCCCAUUCUUGGUUGCAAUGGACUAUGCCAACAUCCAAUCAAGUUGUGGUGGGAUUUCAUGAUGAGGCAGGACAAAUAAUCUUUCAGCUGACAGGAGGAUCAGGAGCGUUGGACGGUGUUUCUAUUGUUGACAUGCCUGGACUGGGUAAGACUACUUUAGGUAAUAAAGUUUACCAAGAUCCUAUGAUUAUAUGCCACUUCCAUAUUCGUGCUUGGUGUCGUAUUUCUCAAGUAUAUGGAAAGAAAGAGGUGUUGGGCAGGUAUCUCCUAGUUUUGGAUGAUGUUUGGGACAUUGCGGCCUGGAAUGCGUUAAAAGUUUCAUUCCCAAAUGAUGCCAAUGGAAGCAGAAUUCUUUUAACAAGUCGAAUUUCUAAGUUGGCUUUGGAAGUUAAACCUGCAAGUAAACCUCUUCAUCUUCGCCAACUUACUGAUGAUGAGUACUUAGAAUUACUACAAAAGAAGCUGGCAGAAAGAGGUGGAAAUCCUCCAGCACUGUUUCUACAUGGAAAGCAUAUAGCAAAAGGUUGUAAAGGUUUACCUCUAACAGUUGUUAUCACAGCUGGGAUUCUUGCAAAUUUAGAGCAAGAUGGUUGGGAAGAAAUUGCAGAACGUCUAAGUUCGGACACCGUGUGUGGCACAGAACAUUGCAAAAGUAUAUUAGAGCUGAGCUACAAACAUUUAGCUCAUUAUUUGAAGCCAUGCCUUCUUUAUUUUGGACCAUUUCGAGAAGACCAAGAGAUACCUAUAUGGACAUUGAUGCGGUUGUGGACUGCUGAAGGCUUUGUCCAAAAGACAGAGGCGAAGAGAAUAGAGGACAGAGCUGAGGACUACAUAAUGGAUCUAAUUGGGAGAAGCUUGGUUAUGGUUGACAAACAAAAAUCUACAGGUGGAAUCAAAACUUGCCGCAUUCAUGACUUGUUGCAUGAAUUUUGUUUGAGAAAAGCCACAGACGAAAAUCUUCUAAGGUUGAGACGUGAUGAUGCAGGAAUUCCUAAUUUUGAUGAGCCAAGUAAUACACGUCGAUUGUUUAUUUACUCUAAAGCAAGGCAUUUUCAGAAGUCAAGGCUAUUUUGUCCUCUUCUAAGCUCUCUAGUGGUCUCCACCCAGAGUGAGGAAUAUGGAACUCCAUACAAUGUCUCAUCCAUUUUUCGCAUCUUCAAACUUCUGAGAGUGUUGGAUUUGGGAAAAAUUAAUCUGGGAUUUGUUUUUCCCAGCGAAAUUACGUUACUUGUUCAGUUGAGAUACUUGGCGUUUGCAGGUAGCAUGAAUUACAUCCCAUCAUCAAUAGCAAACCUUUGGAAUUUGGAAACUUUUAUUCUAAAAUCUUUGCAUGGUAUUCUUUUUCUUCCAGAUACCGUAUGGAAUUUGCAGACAUUGAGGUGUCUCUGCAUAAGUGGUAAGUUUUUUGAUCUUAGUUUGGCCAAAGACAACUUGGACAGCUCCUCAGAUUUGUGUAACCUAGACACUAUAUCAGCUCUUGAGCUUGAUUUGGGGCAAAGCCAGUGGCGGAGCUAG